AAAAUAGAGAAAGAGAAGGCGUAGGGUGAGGCAAAGUAGAUAUUUUUGUAUCCAUUAAUCCCAAAUUUGAAGGCGUUUCUUUCUCUCGCGUGUGGCGUUUAGGGUUUCUCGAUCUUCGUCAACAAUCCUAUUUUCCUUCUCUCAUUCUCAGGGUUUUACUCUUCUCAACACAGGGUUUGAUACUAUGCGAUCUUCAUGGGCUGAUUUGGCUGCAAAUUCCGCGGCCGAAAAUGCACCUACUGCUAACAAUGCAAACAACACUCAAGCUCCUUCUCGACCUGUUUAUGUUCCUCCUCAUCUGAGGAACCGUGGACCUACACAAUCUGCACCUGCACCUGCUUCAGCAUCAUCAUCAGACAAAUUUUCUGCUCCUCCUCUUUCUGACAACGUUGGAUCGCGUUGGGCACCGCCGCCUAGAAACGACUACCGUGGUCGUGCUGCUGGUUUUGGUAACAGAACUGGUGGUGGCGGUGGUGGUUGGGAUCGUCGUGAAGCCAAUCCCUUUGCAGAUCAGGAUGAUUCUGAAGAGCCUCUUACUCAACAGGAGCAGGAGAAUACGGGGAUAAACUUCGAUGCUUAUGAAGAUAUUCCAGUGGAGACUAGUGGUGGUAAUGUUCCUCCUCCGGUGAAUACUUUUGCAGAGAUUGACUUGGGUGAAGCACUUAAUCAGAAUAUAAGGCGCUGCAAAUAUGUUAGGCCGACGCCUGUUCAGCGGCAUGCGAUACCAAUAUCUCUUGCAGGAAGGGAUUUGAUGGCUUGUGCGCAGACUGGUUCGGGGAAAACCGCAGCUUUCUGUUUUCCAAUUAUCAGUGGAAUUAUGACGGGUCAACCUGCGCAGAGGCCGCCUCGUGGGGUGCGAACCGUGUGCCCACUUGCUCUUGUUCUCUCACCAACUAGAGAGCUAUCAAUGCAGAUACAUGAAGAAGCUAAGAAGUUUGCAUACCAGACAGGGGUUAGGGUGGUUGUUGCUUAUGGCGGAGCUCCAAUUAACCAGCAGCUACGAGAGCUUGAGAGAGGGGUGGACAUUCUUGUUGCAACUCCAGGAAGACUAGUAGAUUUGCUGGAGAGAGCUAGAGUUUCACUGCAGAUGAUUAGGUAUCUGGCCUUAGAUGAGGCAGAUAGGAUGCUGGACAUGGGUUUUGAACCCCAGAUUAGGAAGAUUGUAGAACAAAUGGACAUGCCCCCAGCAGGUGCCAGACAAACUAUGCUGUUCAGUGCCACUUUUCCUAAAGAGAUACAGAGACUAGCUUCUGAUUUCCUUUCAAAUUACAUUUUUCUGGCUGUUGGAAGAGUUGGAUCAAGUACUGAUUUAAUUGACCAAAGAGUUGAGUACGUUCAAGAGUCUGACAAGAGAAGCCAUCUCAUGGACCUUCUUCAUGCACAGAGAGCAAAUGGUGUACAAGGAAAGCAAGCUUUAACUUUAGUUUUUGUGGAGACAAAGAAGGGAGCUGAUGCUCUGGAACACUGGUUGUGUCUUAAUAAUUUUCCAGCAACUACUAUUCACGGUGACAGGACACAACAGGAAAGAGAAUCGGCAUUAAGGUCAUUUAAAAGUGGCAACACUCCUAUAUUGGUUGCCACUGAUGUGGCUGCACGUGGUCUUGAUAUUCCUCAUGUUGCCCAUGUAGUUAACUUUGACCUUCCCAAUGAUAUUGAUGAUUAUGUACACCGAAUUGGAAGAACGGGGAGAGCAGGAAAGAAAGGCCUUGCAACUGCAUUCUUUAAUGAAAAUAAUUCAUCCCUAGCUAGGUCUCUACAAGAUUUGAUGCAAGAGGCAAAUCAAGAGGUACCUGCUUGGCUCUCGCGGUUUGCUGCACGAUCUUCCUUUGGUGGAGGGAAGAACCGUCGAUCUGGAGGAGGACGAUUUGGUGGCCGAGACUUUCGAAGAGAAGGUUCUUUUAGUAGGGGUGGUUCUGAUUACCAUGGUGCGGGGAAUAGCAGUGGCGGAUAUGGGGCUUCUGGUGGAUACGGCGGAGGAUAUGGGGGUGGAUAUGGUGGAAAUACCGCUGGUCCUGGGGUGACCAGUGCAUGGGACUGAUUUUUGAACUUUUGAUAGCAUUAUAUACUGUCUUAGGUAUUAGGUGGGAACAUACACCUAUAGAAUAUUUUUUCUCUCCCUUUCUCUCUUUAUUUUAAGUUUAUUUUAAUUUACUUUUUCCCUCCUAGUGUUUUCAAGCCAACUAUGGUUUACAACGCAAAUCGCCAAGGGAGAUGUUGGUGUGUAUGUGGGUAUUAAUACCACUCUGAUAGAGGUUGUGUAGUUUUAGCAGGUGUUGGCAAUGGCGAUUACUAACAUAUUAGGAGUUUCUUUUUUGACAACUUUGUGUAACCAACAUUUUGGGUGGUUAUUUCGGGGAGAAGAUGUAGAAUAUGUGUUGGGAGAGGUGGAGGCUUUUCUUUGCAGUCGUAUCUAUUUAUCUCUUGAUCAUGUUUCUACCUAAAUAUAUGUUGUCGUUUUAACAUUCCCUACUUGGAUGGGUAAGGUUUUGUAAUAGUUUAGUGGUGACAAAUGAAUGAAAAGUUCUAUUGCUGGAUGUUUGUAUUUAA